AUGCUUGGGCGUCUCCUUCACUUGGGCACGAGCUCAGGCUCAGGCUCAAGCCAGCCCCAGGUUAAUACUUCGCGAACGGUUUCCUCGCUCGAGUCAGUCCAGGAAGACAUCCACACGCGCAAUUUACUCUACCCAGAUGCACAUGCCCUUUUUCAGCAUCGUAUCGAUCAGGUUUACCCGCUCUUCCCUGCAUCUACGAUUCCACCAACACCUUCAGGAUCUAGUGCAGCUUUCGACACCAGCGACGAUGUCGAUCUGGAUGUCCGCGAUGUCCGCGUUCUCGUCAUGCAGGAUACCCUUGGCCAUAUGAAUGCCUCGCUUCUGUAUGACAGCCACCCGCCUCCUCCUUCACCACCCGUUGAAAGACCAACGGCGCCAGUUGUAGACCACAGGAGGACCCCGCCGGUAUCGCGGAAGGGUAGUCUUGGCCAACCCUCUAGGCCAGUGGUUAUUCAGUCCGAAAAUACCCACGCCCGCCCCGGGGCUUUUGACCGCAGAGGGUCUCACCACUCUCGCUCUCAUAGCUUCUUGGAAAAUGAUUCUCAGCGUGCUACUAGGGAAUACCGCGAGGAACUAGCCACUUUUGCUGGCUGCAUUUUCGGCAACUCAGAGCUCAUGUCGUACAAAGGCACCUCGACCAAGGUUCAUGUCGUUCCCACCGAAACUCGAUCCAUCGGCGAAACGAUGGCAUCGAUUAUUGGAGACGGCCGAAGCUCGAUUGGACGUUCAGGUUCACGCUCAAGCAAGCUAUCGCAGUCCUUCACUUCCCAGACCUUCUCGCCGACAGCUGCUCACAACGGAACUAUUUAUUCUCGUCCAGUAGAGAAGAAGAAAGUGCUCAUUACCCGACUUUUUCCUGUUGUACUCCCCGACGACUCAGAGUCCACGACGACGAGCCCUCAAGGCCGGUUCUCGGAUGACAACUCUGGCUUUCCCUUCCCUACUACUGCGGACGACCCUUCUAAGAGAAAAACCUCUCAGCCCAGGCAAAGGCGAACGCCUAUGUACGCCGUUGUAUUGGUGGUGCAACUCCCUUCGUCUCGGGCCUCGGCUGGCGUAACCCCAAAAUCUACCUUCCGAGAAUCCGGUUCCUAUAAUGAGCAAGACUUCUUCUCUUCUUCUUAUAACUCUACUCGGCCGUCUUGGUGGACCACCGCCGGCCUUGGAGGCUACGGAGAUGCGACGGACUCUUCUUUUUCCACCGAUGUCGAAGACAGAAUCGACGCACUUACUCAGCACUGGGAUAUUGUGAUGCGAACAUUGUCCCACCUUCAGUCAGUUGUAUCAUCUGCUCUCAAGCCCUUACUCAUCCAGGCUGAUGUUGCAUCCCCUGAUCCAUUUUCGAGCUCGGUGCCACCUAGUGCCGCAUCGUCACGUAACCAGUCGUUGAGCAGCAGCAGGAGAAGCGCUGAGAUGACGCGGCCAAAGCCGCCAAAGAGUACUGUGAAACUGUUAUCUCUAGGGCCCAAUUGUUUGUCCUCUGACGUGGCUAUUGCCACCGAGGUCAAUCUUGCGCGCAGAAGGCUGGUGACCGGUCUCAAGGCUGCGAGGGUCGCUACUGGCCAGGGUCGCUGGGGCAUUUGGCGAGAUGAAGCGAUGUGGACUUACAAAUGGACACAGUCGCUCGGUCAGGGACCCUUUCUGUACAAUUUACUCACCGGCUUCCUCGCUACGCAUACGGAUUGGCUACAGGCACUCUGCCCUCCAUCGUAUCGUCGACGAUUCCAGCAACGGAAAGCUGGAAUGGAGGAAGAUCUUUUACUUCCUGCUCGGACGAUCAUAGUGGCUGACGACAAGAUGGCAGCACGCCGCCUUGUCUUCCUCCUCUCAGCCUUUUUGCCUGCAAAUCAGCAGCCUCCGGUGAACCGUGCUCACCGAUCGAGCACUUCCAUGUCGACAGGUGGAUUUUCCAACUCAUCACCCACCUUUGUGAUACCCGUCCUAAGAGAGGAGUCCCUGCGACGCAAAAUAAACAAACGAGCAGGUGCUCGUCGAGCUUCUCAUUCGCGAACAGGGAGCCAAAGCACCAAAUCCUCCACUGUGCCUUCUCAGUUAGCCCACCUGAGCAUGGACAGUCGCCAUGAACGAAGAGCUUCGGAUGCGGCCUCAAUCCGUACUACGAGCAUUGCCAUGCCUGGCAACGACUUGGUUAGUAGAAAGAGCAGUGCUGCUACGACAGGUACCAUUAUGCCCGAGGCAGCGAUGCCCCAUUUUGCCACUGCGCAACGAGUCGGGUAUAGCAGAUCACCUCGACCUGAUAGUAGCGGUAGCGUUGCCACUGACGACCUGAAACGUUCUCUCCAGAGGCGUGAAAGUAGUGGGCACGCCAGCACUAUAAGUACCGACUCUAGGGCCCCAAGUUCGCGAUGGGGGAGCGUCAUCAGUGGCUUAUGGAGCCAACGGCGCCAGGAGACUACGAGUAUGGGUUCUCUUAGCCAGUUCAGUGAACCGAGAUCUCCUAUCAAAGCGCGGCCCGACAGGAGGGAUAGGCUUUCGCAGAUGGCUGAAGAGGCAGCCAGGUUCGAAAACUCCGUUGCCGUCGACUUUGAACCCCAAGAGCCCUCCCAUAUUCCCACUGUUGAUCAACAGCGCAGGGGCAGUGCUCGCGACGAGCGAAUCUCGUUCAGUCAGGCCGACCGCAAGACCAUAUAUGACUCCCCCGUCAAGACAUCAGUCAACGAAGAUGACGGUGUCAUUGAUGUUGAUUUUCCAUUUCCAGAUUAUAUUGCCUCCUUUGAGUCGGCUAUCAGCUCGCCCUCAAGUAGUGGCUAUCUCUCUACACCUGGCGUAGCUGCCGGGCUCGAUUCCUUUGAACAAUCUUCUAGGACCCUUUCCGAGGGAGAUUUACUUUUGAAUGCCGUCGGCUGGCUCAGCCGUUUCCACCCGGACUUCGCCUUGCAAGCAAUCCCCCCACAAGAUGAUCUCGUGGACCAAGUGAAGGCUACUCUUCGGGCUGAACCAACGCCUGGGUUUUCUAGUACCACUCCACAUACAAAUUGGAAUGAGCGAUGGGUUGAUGUUAGCAGUGCAGUCAUCGCUGACACCACGACCAACACUGUACGCCGUAUCCACUACCGGCGGUUGGUAAAGCCACGAGUUACAGAAAAGAUAAGAGGCGGGCCGCCACAUCUUCCCGGCUCUUCUGCUGCCGCAUCUCAGGCAUUUUCAUUACCUCUCGAAACUCAAUUAGACGAAGAGUUCAUUGAGGAGAUGAUUUCGAAGCCGGAGCCGAAGUUGGUCGAAGCCAUUGAUAAAGUCUUAAGUCAAGGCUUAGAUCUGCUGGCUAAAGAUGGAGCUGCAGCCUCCUUUAUUCUACCAGACGAUAUUCACGGUGGUAGUGAUAGCGACAACACAAUACCAGCUGCAAUUGACGCUUCGGGCCAGCAUACAAGGCCGUCUAUUGACAUGCCUCGCGUUCAGUGUAAAACGAUUGUGCUAUCCGCAUUAGAAGAAGUUAUACGAGACGUCGUUAGCCGCCAGGAUACAUUGAGCAAUGAGGGCAAGCCCAAAGAUAUGAAAGCUCGUCAGAAUGCUCUUCGCGGAGCCGUUCGUGAAUGGGUGGCAAGCCUCGAUGCGAUUGAGUGA